AUCAAAAACACCCUCCUUGUUAUGUGCUAUGAGUCUGAGUUCCCAAAAGGAGGAUCCGGAGCAGCAGUAGGUAAACAUUAGCUUACUGCACGAGAGGAGACAAGCAAAGGAGAUACAGAUAUCCCUCCACCAUGGAUCUGGUCGAGGACUACGAUUACUAUGACAACCUAACCCUGAACUACAGCUAUGAGGACUACCACACUGUGUGUGAGAAGGCUGACGUGCGCUCCUUCGCUGGACUCUUCCUCCCUGUGGUGUACUCAGUCUGUGUGGCGGUUGGGCUAGCCGGGAACUCCCUGGUGCUAUCCGUCUACGCCUACCAUAAACGUCUGAGGAGAACCAUGAUGGACGCCUUCCUAGUCCACCUGGCCGUAGCCGACCUCCUCCUCCUCCUAACCCUGCCCUUCUGGGCUGCGGACGCGGCGCGGGGCUGGGAGCUGGGCCUGCCUCUCUGUAAGCUGGUCUCUGCCUGCUACACCAUCAACUUCACCUGCUGCAUGCUGCUGCUUGCCUGUGUUAGCAUGGACCGCUACCUAGCAUCUAUUAGAGCUGAGGGAAGGAACCAUGGAAGGCUAGGCAGGGUCUUCACCCGGGCUCACUGUGGGAAGGUCUGCCUGGGGGUGUGGGCUGUUGCUUUGCUCCUGGGUCUUCCAGACCUGCUGUUCUCCACGGUGAGCGAGACCUCCAGGAGAAGGGUCUGUUUGGCUGUCUACCCGUCCAGUCUGGCCCAGGAGGUCAAGGCCUGCCUAGAGAUGGUGGAGGUGCUGUUGGGGUUCCUGGUGCCACUCCUGGUGAUGGCGUGGUGUUACUUCAACGUUGGGCGUGUGUUGGGGCGACUCCCAGUGGAGAGUAGGGGGAGGAGGCUGAGUGCUAUCCGGGUGUUACUGGUCGUGGUGGGGGUGUUCGUGGUCACCCAGCUGCCCUACAACACUGUGAAGAUGUACCGGGCGAUGGACUCUGCCUACACGCUGGUGACCCACUGCGGUGUGAGUAAGGCCCUGGACCGGGCAGCGCAGGUCACUGAGAGCCUGGCUCUGACCCACUGCUGUCUCAACCCACUACUUUACGCCUUCCUAGGGUCCUCCUUUAGAAAACAUGUACUGAAAGCAGCCAAGGCGUUUGGAGAAAGGACGAGGAGAAGGGAGGAGCAAGCUGUGGAGAUGUCCUUCAACAACUCUCAAGCCGCCUCACAGGAGACUAGUGCCUUCUCCAUAUGAGAGAGAGACAGAGAGAGGGAGAGAGAGAGGGGGGGCCAGAAAGUGUCUCACCUUUUUAUCACAUAAGAUUUGAUCACUUGUAUAGCAAUUAUUUUCAGUAUUGUUAAAUAUCUGCUGCUAUGGAACUAUUGAGUCAAAUCAGGGGAAGCUAGCCUGGUCCCAAUCUGCAAUGACCCCAGGGAAAGUGAGGUGUUUACAUUCCUGCCUUUUUACCGCAGAACAGCAAGAUACCAGAUGUAACAGUGAAGUUAAUUUCCGUGCUUGUCAGUGGGGCUGCCCUUGUCAGUGGGGCCAGAGUACAUUGUAAUCUUAUGAUAUAAGACAAUUGACAUUAGAAGUUGGAUGGCACUGCUCUUUUUGUGAAACAUUUCAAAUGAAGCAUCUCAGAUAUUUUACAAUGAGUCUCUGCUCAAGAGAGGUUACUUGUGCCAAUAGCAAUCCCCUGGGAUGGGUGGGGCCACUGAUUUCAAUCUUAUUUACUCAUUCCUCUAAAUUCCAGCAAAGACUUACCAAAACAGCACAAUCGUCUCCACUCUGAAAACAGCUGAAUAUUCUGAAGUGUGUGUGUGUGUGUGUGUGUGUGUGUGUGUGUGUGUGUGUGUGUGUGUGUGUGUGUGUGUGUGUGUGUGUGUGUGUGUGUGUGUGUGUGUGUGUGUGUGUGUGUGUGUGUGUGUGUGUGUGUGUGUGUGUGGUAAAGUAAAGAAGGGAUGCCAAGGCAGGCCCUGUGGGCAUCCUUGAUGUGGGAAGAGCUGUGUUUUUUGGCUAGAAUUCCUACUUACAUCUGAAACCCACAUUUAUCCAUUAUUCCUUCAUCAGGAAACAACAACUACAGCCAUCCAAACAGACAAUCACAGUAACCCCUGGUAACCUUUCCAAACAGGGUGCGGUUAAGAACUAUUUUCAGAACUAGAGUACUCUAUUUGUGUGUAUUUGCUAAAAUACUAUUCCAGGGAUCAGAGGCAUCUCUAAAGAACAAUAUCAAUCCCACACGCAGUCUCAAUGUUAAGGAUGACACCGCCACCAUAAUACCAUCAUACAAAGACACAGGGAUAUUGUUUGUAAUAUUCAGUUCGUACCAUACCGUGUUUCAUUUGCCUUGGGAGUGUAGUCGGGAAAAUAAUGGUAAUAUUCUUUCCUCUGCUAAAGACCAGUUAGCCUUUCAAAACUGAGACAUCUGCUCUGUCUGUUUGUCACAUGAGUGUUUGUGAUUGGUCAAAGCUCUUAGCCAAAACACUCUGAUUUCUGUGGACAAAAUGUUGACUAACUACUCAACUCUUUCCGCCCUAAAGAAUUCAAGUUACCACCUCAGAUAUUCACCCCUUGCGUGUGAGCAGGAAGAUUUAAAUCAGAAAAUCAGAAAGUACGCAGUUAUCAAAGUGUUGAUGUUUUGGUUGCAAUCUGGUAGCUUGGCUUGACGUGCAAACCCAUCAAGUCCGGGACGUAGAGAGGCUGGUAUUAGCAAGACUAGCAAUCUGGCGCCAUCUGAUCUUGUUGUUGAAAUUCCCUGUUUUCACAUGUGGACACCUUUGAUCUGUCGACAAAGAAACACCAUUCUUACUCAGAAACUGCAUAGUAAGCAAGGCCAGAUGAAUGAUGUCAUGUAUUUACUAGUGACUAGUCUAUGGACCAGAUACUGUUAUUUCUUUCCUCAAAAUGUGUACUUGUGAGGUUAAAGAUUAAAGAUGGUGUAUAUUAUUAGCAUCAGUCAAAUUUUUAUUACGGUAAUAUUUCUGUUAUUGACAGGUAAUGAAAUAUCCAACAUAAUUGUUUCACUGCAUAUAAACUAAUUUCAACAGUACAUGACUAGUAGCCUACAGUGACUGAAUGUGUUUAAUAUAUAAAACUUUGGUCCAACAAAAUGUGCAAAUAAACAAUAAAACAAAAACACAAAAUUCUUAUUUGAUUAGGACAAUAAUUAUUGUGAGGCAGAUCACAUCAGCACCAUCAUAACUCAGUUGAAUAAGAAUUUAUUUUAAUUUAAGUGAAAUCAUUAUGUAUAUAUGCAUAUUUAUUCAAAUAUAACUAUACAAUGCCUUCAGAAAGUAUUCACAACCCUUUACUUUUCCACAUUUUGUUAUAUUACAGCCUGAAUUUAAAAUUGAUUAAAUUUAGAUUUUGUGUCACUGAUCUACGCACAAUACCUCAUAACGUGAAAGUAGAAUUUUGUUAGAACUUUUUUAAAUGUAUAAAAAAUGUAAAGCUAAAAUAUCUUGAGUUUAUAAUUAUUUAACCCCUUUAUGGCAAGCCUAAAUGUGUUCAGGAGUAAAAAUGUGCUUAACAAAUCGCAUAAUAAGUUGCAUGGACUCAUUCUGUUUUUCAGCUUUUGAAUAACUACCCCUUCUCUGUACCCCACACAUAGUCAACCUUGCAAAGAUGGGCACGGAUUAGUAGAUAUGUAAAGAUUAAAAAAGCAGACCAAGAAUAUCCCUUUGAGUAUGGUGAAGUUAUUAAUUACACGUUGGAUAGUGUAUCAACACACCCAGU